AACGGCACUUCACUGGGCGGUGGACAAUAGGGACACUCCUCGCCAAGAAAGCCGAAAUUGACGCGAAAGAUAGCGAUGGGCACGCGGCUCUACACAGGGCCGCUCAUCACGGCGAUACGGAUAUUCUCCAGAGGUUAAUCGCGAGCGACGCCGAUGUUUCAACGACAAAUAAGAAGGGAGAGACGGCAUUGCACCUGGCAGUAGUGAAUCGUCACCUAGACAUAGCCCUGAUUCUACUUAACAACAAUAAGCUCCAACACGAGCACGAGCAGAAAGCGCUACUAUUCAUCCGAGAGCAUCCGGAUCUCGUCGCCGCCAGAGACGCGCGAUUAAUUUUUUGGGCUGCCGCGACCGGGCAUGGGAGUGUUGUCCAGCUGCUACUCGAAGAGGGUGUCGAGGUUAAUGGACAAGAUGAGAAGGGGCAGACACCGAUUUCGCGGGCUGCUGCAAACGGACAAGAGGCCAUGGCCCGAUUGCUGCUUGCCAAGGGCGCUGAAGCCAACACGAGUGAUUCUGCAGGACGGACGCCGCUGUCGUGGGCGGCUGGGAAUGGGCAAGAGAACACGGUCCGGCUGCUGCUCGACAUACCGAUGGUCAAGUCAGAAUUCAGGAAUAGCAGAUCUCAACGCACGCCACUGUGGUAUGCCGCCGAGAACGGGCAUGAAGCCGUGGUCCGGCUGCUGCUCGACCAAGGCGUCAGGAGAACCGAUGUCAUGGAUGAGAUACUGUCUCGAGCCCUGAAAGGGGGACACGAGGCCGUCGCCCGACUACUGUUUGAUGAGGGCGCCGGAUUCGACAAGGGUGGUGACGAACACGGCGGAGCGUUGUGUCAAGCUAUCGGAAAUGGGAAAGAGGGUAUUGUUCGGCUGUUGCUCGAUAAAGGCGCCGAGUUCAACAUGAAUAACGACGGUGAUGCGUUAUCGUGGGCCGUCAGACACGGGGACGAGGGUAUAAUCCAGUUGCUACUCGAUAAGAUAGGCCAGGGGGGCAAGGUCAGAUUGAAGCUGCUGUCGCUGGCCGCCGAAAUAGGACAUGAGGCCAUUGUCCAACUUUUGUUCUACGAGAACGCAGAGGCUGACAGCGACGACGACCACAGGCCGCCGCUAUCGUGGGCCGCUCAGAAUGGCCACGCAGCCGUUGUCAGGCUGUUGCUCGAUAAAGGCGUCGAAACUGAUGCCAGGAUGGGCUGCAGGCAGAGGCCAUUAUCGUAUGCGGUCAUCGAGGGGCACGAAGCCAUUGUCCGGCUGUUGCUUGAAAGAGGUGCCAACGUUAAUGCCGAGGGCUACAAUGACCGGACACCGUUAGAUUCUGCGGUCGACAAGGGGCACGAAGCCAUUGUCCGGCUGCUGCUUGAGAAAGGUGCUAAUGCUGAUACCGAGGACCCAUUAAUAACUGCUGCCACAAAAGGGCACGAAACUAUGGUCCGACUGCUGCUCGACAAAGACGUCAGAAUUGAUGCAAUGAAUUCGGAGCGUUGGACACCGCUAUCAGGGGCUGUUCAGGGAGGCCACGAGGCCAUCGUGAGACUUCUACUCGACAGAGGUGCUGAAACCGAUGUCGAAAACGAAUACGGACGGUUGCCGCUGUCUUUCGCCGCCGAGAGUGGCCACGAGGCUAUCGUCCGGCUGCUGCUCGAUCACGGAGCCGAAGUAGACAUGGCAGAAUACUACGGAGACGGAAAGGACCUGUCCGGAUAGGUCUUUAGGAAUAGGUACGGACAAACGCCAAUGUCGUAUGCCGCCAGGAACGGCCAUGCGGCCGUCGUACGGCUACUUCUCGCCAAGGGCGCCAAGGCCGACAUGGAGGGUUACUGCAAAAGAGAGAAGUACUGCUGGUCUGCAGUCGAAAAUAGGUCCGGUCGGCCGCCGCUAUCAUUAGCUGCCGCUGACGGGCACGAGAUCGUCGUCCGGCUGCUGUUGAACCACGGCAUCCAGGCCGACAUGAGGGAUUUCAAAAAGAGGACGCCGCUGCUGAUAGCCGCCGCAAACGGGCACGAAGCCGUCGUCCGGCUGCUGCUCCAAAGAAGUGCCCGCAUCGAUGCAAAGGAUCUCGAAGAACAGACGCCGCUGUCCGCGGCUGCUGAGAAUGGGCACGAAACCGUCAUCCUACUGCUACUCGAUAAAGGGGCCGAGAUCGACU